AUGAGAAGAUAUCAACAACAUACCCACGCAAGCUGGCACCGCGCCUACGCAGAUAAAUUCGAUUGCCCUUGGUGCCAAACCCCUCACCGACCAGAAAGCACAACACCUCAGAACCACCAGAACCAGCACAGCAGCAAGCACUCCGCAAAGGGCUCAGACAAUGGUAGAACCAGCAGAGCAAACGCUACAUCGACACCAGUCGGCCGUCGGAUAGCUCACGAGAGCUCUGACGUUCCCAUCGAAGACCAGGCUGCCGGUACCCCGCUCGAGUCACAGACUCCAGAUUCAGCUCCGGACGCGAACGACGAAGAGAAUCCAGGGCCGCAAUCCGAUUCAAAUUAUGCGCGGUACAAUAUGGGAAGGACUGCUGGGCAUGAUGGCUUGAAUACAGCGUCAGAUCCGCCGCGUCCGCCGCUUCCUGAGCAGUGGACGAAGGAGGUUGAGGAUCGGGAGCAUGGUGCUGCGGAAUGGAGCCCACCACCCAUGGAAGAUUGGCGCUCUCAGCUAGGUACGCCUGGGGUGUCUGGAAUCCCCGGCGAUGAAAAGAUUGGCUCUCCGGAGUUGAAUGUGAGGGAGUUAUAG